AUGAGAGUUUCUCGAGAGUUGGCGGCGGUGGUGAUGUGGAUGGGGCUUGCGGGCGUGCUGGCGGGGCUGGUGGCGUGGAGGGUGCAGAAGGGCUUCGACGACAAUCGCAAGGCGGAGCUCGACACCUGGUGCGCCGGUCGCGCGCGCUCGCUGCAGCAGCAGUUCAUGCAGACCGCCGACCACGUGCAGGCGCUGGCAGGGCUGGUGACAGUGUUUGGGCGGGUGCGGGAGAACCCGUGGGGCGCGGGGGAGUGCAUGAGCCAGCAGCGGUAUGUGCACUUCGCACACGCCACUGUCACCGUGCGGCCGUGGGUGCAUGCUGUCAUCUACCUCCUCCUCCUCAACCACACAGACAGGGCGAUGUACGAGCAGCAGAUGCGGUGCGGAGUGGUGGACUUCAUGGACCGGCCGCUGCCCCCAGCGGGCUGGUACAUGCCCAUGCACUACUGGUACAGCGAGAUCCCCCUCGCCACCAUGCUCGCCGGCACGCCCUGCAAGGACGCGCGCACCAACCCCUCGUACGGCCCGCAGCUGGGCGGCAUGGUGGAGCGCGCGGACCGGUGGCUCACCACGCCCUACGUGCUCGACAAUGGCAACGCUGGCAUCGGUGCGUGCUGUCCCUGGCUGGCACACGCAUGGGUGGCUGGGGCAAUGGGGGCAGCAGCAUGGGUGGGUGGGGACAGGCGCCGUGGGUUAUGCAAGUGGGAGUGGGAGGGCUGUGAUGGCCCCAUGACAUUUCCGCUCUUCCGAGCCGGCGUGUCGACGGGGUCGCGCCUAGCAGAGCGGCAGCGCGCGUUCAUCGGAGCCAUGGGGGCGUCGGUGGACUUGAAGCGCCUCGCCAGCGCCAUCAUCCUCGAUGUGCUGCAGGACGUGAACUACACGCUUGAGAUCUACGACAUCACAGACACCUUGGCGUCGCCCCCAUCAGGCCCGCGCCUGCUGUACGGCGUGGGUGACUUGCCGCAAGGCGACCCAAAGCAGGUGUCCAAGGUCAUUCCGCCCUCCACAGAUGCCAUGCUGCAGCCACACCGCCACAAGGCCGUGCACCCACUCAACCUCACCGACCCCUCUCGCUCCUUCCAAGUCUGGUGCCGCUUCGCAGGGUCAGACGAAGCACACAGUUGGGUGGCGGUCGUGCUGGGGGCGCUGAUCGUGGUGGUGGCGGCGCUGCUGGCGGGCAUAGCAGUGAGCGUGGGACGCAACACGCGGCGGGCGAGGAGGAAGACGGCGGUGGUGGAGCGCAUGAAGGAGAGCACGCAGCGCAAGGAGCACAACAAGAGCGCCUUCAUCGCCACCACCUCGCAUGAGCUGCGCACCCCAAUCAUCGGUAUGAAAGGCAUGUUGGAGCAGCUGGUGGAAGGGCAGAUGGAGUGCGAGAUGGAGGAGGACGUGUGGACGGCGCUGGAGGAGGCGGAGCGGGUGCUGCUGCUGAUCAACACGGUGCUGGACAUCUCCAAGGCGGAGGCGGGGCACAUGCAGCUCGAGCGACUGCCCUUUGACCCGCGUGCCUGGCUGCUGGCCGCCCUGCAGCAGCACGGGGCCAGAGCUGCUGAAGCCGGGCUGCAGUUCACGUGGCAUGUGGAUGUGAGUGUGCCAGACGUGCUGGUGGGGGACCACAUGCGACUGCAGCAAGUGAUCGACAGUAUUGUUGACAACGCCAUCAAGUUCACAUCCACUGGAGGCGUGUGUGUGCGGCUGCAGUGCCUUCCCCCCGACACCCACACCCCCACCCACCUGCUCUCCCUCGGCUGCCUCCUCGCUGAAACCACCCCCUGCUGCCCCCCUGCCGCUGCUCCCACUGCUGCUAGUGCCACCAGUACUGCCACCUCUGGUGCUGAGACAGGGACUAUCAAUGGUGCAGGGGGUGCAGUUGUGAUGCCUUGCUUUGGGCAGCACAUGGGGCAGCGGUGGCUUGCACAGGCAGGGGUGAGGCAAUGUUGUGGGUGCUUGGAGGAGUGCGUGGGGUUGGAAAAGAGAGGUGCAGCGGUGCAGGGGCGGUGCGGGCAGGGAGAUCCGGAGGAAGAGAGCCGUGGCAGGGAGGGCAGGGAUGGAGCUGGUGCGGAUGCCGUGGCGGCUGCUCAGGAUGGUUACGGGGCAGGGUGGGCAGGAGUGGUGGGCGGUGGGGAGGGCGGUGGGGAGGGCGGUGGGGAGGGCGUCCGGGAGGGCGCAUGGGUGGGUGCAGUGAGGCGGUGGUGGGACAGGGCUGGCAUGCAGGGAUGGAGAGGCGCUGCACGUGAGGGGCAUUGUCAAGGGCGGGUGGUGGUGCUGGUGACGUGUGAGGACACAGGGUGUGGCAUCGCAGAGGAGGAGCAGCCUGAUGUGUUCCAGGCCUUCAUGCAGGUGUCUCUGAUGGGCGGCACCAUGGGUCUGCUCAGCACAGAAGGCCACGGCACCACCCUGCACGUCGCUCUCCCCAUCGCUGCUCUUCCUGCCGCUGCUGCUGCUUCUGCCCGUGCUGCCAGCACAAGCACACGAGCUCCCAGUGUUGCCCCAACUGCUCCCUUUACAGCUUGCAGCACCAGGAGGCUGCUGGGCUGGUGCGAGCAGGUGGCAUCAGGGAGGAGAAAUGAAGGAGCAGGGCACAGAGAGAGUGGAAGGGAGGUGCAGAUCGCAGGUGGGGAGGGCAGUGGACUCAAACAGCACACACGGGCGAUAGCAGCGCAGGGAGGGGGGAAGGUGCAGGGGGGCGAUGUGGGAGCGAAGUGGGUGAGCAGCACAGGGCGGAGUGCCAAGGAGGCUCUCAAGGAGGCGUUGCAGGGCAUGGCAAUCCUGGUGGUGGACGACAACCUGGUGAACCGGCGGGUGGCAGCGAGCACGCUGGCGCGGUACGGGGCGGAGGUGGCGCUGGCAGAGUCGGGCGAGGCGGCGCUACGCCUGCUGCAGGCGCGCCACUCCUUCCGCCUCGUGCUCAUGGACCUCCUCAUGCCCGGCCUCGACGGGUAUGAGACCGUCACUCGGCUGCGAGGCAUGGAGCGGGAGUCAGGGGAUGGGGGAGCAGGGGGCGAGCGGCAUGUGAGGGUGGUGGCCAUGUCAGCAGACGUGGACAGCGCUGUGGCAGCACGUGCUGCUCUCGUGGGCAUGGAUGGGGCUGUGCAGAAACCACUCGAUGAAAGCCAACUCCUGUCCAUUAUAAGAACACUUCAAUUUGUUGGGCUGAGUGCCCCUUAG